AGAUGUAUAGGCCGAGCAAUUAAAAUUGAACAACAGAGCGAUUUGAAGUUUACAAAUGGGUUGAAGACCAGGACUUGAACAAGAUUAAGAUAUUGGAAAUGUAUUUGACAGCUUAUGACCAUGAUUACUUUUACUGUCCAAAAUGAAUUUUUCUCCGUAACUGAAAUUACUACUAUAUAGGAACAUUAUUUCAAAGGUGUGAUAGAGAUGACAUGACAAAAUUAUGAACGAAGUUUUCACCAUACACUAAUAACCUUAUGACUACAUUUCGAGUAGAGUUAGGAAAAAAAAUUAUUCAUAUGGGAUAAAACGGUCAAGGAUUAAUGAAAACAAAACAAAUUUUGUAGAGAAAAAUUAAUGUGUAUAUAUACAAAAAAAGUAAACAUAAUAACAAAUAACUACUAUAGAAACAUAAAUAAUAAAAUCUAACAAAAAAUAUAUACAUUUUGGAACAACCUAACAUCUCUAUUCAGGGAGCUGCAAAGCAUAAGUAACCGGAAAUAUAAAUUUAUUGUGGUUACAAGCAUUAUUCCCAGAAUAUACAAGGAUAGAAACAGAUACAAAUUUAAAUGUUAAUACAUAUUGAUUAAUAGGCCACAUGUUGUUUCUUGACCAGUGGAUGUAAUCGUUUAAGAGUAACCUUAAUUUGUACUAUAUAUAUAUAUAUCAGUACAUUAAUCCAAUAAAACCAUUUGAAAAUUUAAAAGAGACAAAUUAAUCGAGAUUACAACUACCUACUAAGUAGAAAUCUCAUGUUUUCAUAGGCAACAAAAAAAAUUAACGAAAUAAAUUGGGAAGCGUGUUUUUAUCUGUUUUUGUCCGAUUUUAUUCUAUUUAACGUGUUAUGGAACUUAUAAAGGAUACAAAUAGUUGUACGACCAUAGUAAUUCAUGUUCCAUGUAAUCUGUUACAUUGAUUUGAAAUCAAUAAAAUGAUGAUGUUAUAAAAAAGAUUGAAGAAAUUUUAUACUAUUAGAAAAAUAAUUUGAGAUGAAAAUUAAUGGAAAACAAUUUCACAAGUUUUCUGGAAAAUUUAUGUUUUAAUAACGUUAACUCAGAUUCAAUACAUGAGUUAGAGUUACACCUUCUAUCUAUCGUUCAGCUCAGAAGAAGUUAGAACACAAUAAUCGAGGAAACACUAACGGACAACUUCCAGCAUCAUCCAAACUAUUUUUCUAUUUUAAACUCGGUUUUGGUAUUUUGGCAAACUAAUAAAAAUAAUCUAAUUACAAAAAUGCUAAAAAUAUACGAAACACUAAAAAAAAAAAAAAAAAAAACCAUGUCUCCCCUCAUAUACUAUAUUUUACAUAGUACAUAGUUUAUGUACAUAUGAAAAUUCUGCAAUAUUCUAUAAUUAAAUAACAAAACUAAUUGUAAAAUUUUAAAAGCAAUUAUCCGCGCGAAGCGGGGAAGACGAUCUAGUAAUAUAUAGAAGGAUAUCAACAUGCUAACUUUAAUACAAACAAUAUAAUUAAUUAAGAUUUAUAGUUAGCUUUCACCAUUAGGUCCUAUAAAUAAAGCACCAAUUCACCAACCUUUGUAUUCAUUCAUCAUUUCCCUCUCUAUCUUUUGGAAUACUCUGCAACUAUGUCGAAGAAGAUCACCCUCAAGAGCUCCGACGGCAUAUCUUUCCAGGUCGAUGAAGCCGUUGCGCUCAUGUCUCCGAGAAUCAAGCGCAUGAUCGAAGACGACCGCACCGGUAAUGGAAUCACUAUUCCAAACGUGAACAGUGCAGCCCUCGCAAAGGUUAUCGAGUACUGCAAGAAGCACGUCGAAGCCAACGCUGAUGACACUGAGCUCAAGGCUUGGGACUUAGAUUUCGCCAGAGCUCUCGAGGGCCUCGACAAGGAUGCUUUCUUCGCUGUCGCCUCUGCUGCACAUUUUCUGAACAUCGGUGGACUUUUUGACCUAACGUGCAAGACUGUGGCCGAAAUGGUGAGAGGCAAGACUGUAGAUCAGAUUCGCGAUAUCUUCCACAUCAAGAACGACUAUACAGAUGCGGAAGAAGCUAAGAUGCGCAAGGAGAAUGCAUGGGCCUUUGAGUGACUUGAAGUUGUGCUGUGUUGUUUCUUUUCUCUUUUGGUUUGAAUAAUUAAGUGUGUAACAAACCUUAUUUAUCCUUUAUUAUAUGGUUUAAUAAAAACAUAUUAUAUAUCAGCUUUGCUUGUUACAACGAACGGACUUCUUUAAGUGUAGAUGUAGAAGAUGAAAAGAUCACU